GUGAAACUCACGUUCGCAUACCGGUUCGUGGUGAACUGGCCGCUUCUCGGAUGAAACAAGUUAGGACCCAUUAGUAUAGUCAUUGGUCUGAUUUGAACUCAUUUGGCCUACGACCUAGCUCUGCACCAAGCCUUAUUGACAAUCCAAAUUCAGUGACCGGCAUCUCGAAGCAAAAGCAGAUAGAACUCCCUUAGUAAUAUUGAGUCGUGCCAAGUUUUCAUUGUUAGUCCAAGUAUAACUAUGUGUUCCAGACUAAAGCUAGCGUUCGUGAUUGUGUGUUAUAAAACGGCAUAUUCAUUGGCGUUAACGUCGUCUUUCGUGACUAAUGAGACAAUGAAGAUUUCAAGCAAUAAUUUGCUACAAACUGAAACUGAUGGUGUUGAUCCCGAGAAGCGAUUUAAUGGAAAACCAUUGACGAGUAUAUUUUCGUCAGGACAUAAUCUUCGCAAUCUUGACCCUGACUUCCAUAAGUCUAUAGAGUACCUUGUUACGUCAAAAGGCUAUCCCUUUGAAAAACACUAUGUCACCACCGAAGAUGGAUACAUCAUUACAAUGCAUCGCAUUCCUCACGGGAGGCUUACCGAACAGAAGAAAGGGUCGCUUCCUCCAAAACCCAACCGAAGAGUUGCAUUAUUGGGCGCGCCGCUGUUAACUGAAAGUACUAUCUGGGUCAUGGACUUCCCCAACAACUCCUUCGGCUUCAUCUUGGCGGAUCGUGGUUACGAUGUUUGGCUGACAAACGUAAGGGGAUCUUCUUUUGGAAAACAUCACACGAACCUCAGUGUUUACGAUAUCAAAUUUUGGCAAUAUACUUUCAUUGACAUAGGAGCCAAGGAUUUAUCUGCGCAAAUUGAUUAUGCCCUAAAAGUCACUGGACGUGAACAGGUGUACUACGCUGGCAUGUCACAAGGCGGCGCUUCGUUGUAUGCUCUGCUCGCUAAAAGACCUGAAUAUAACAGAAAGCUUCGCGCAAUGGCCGGGCUUGGAACGUUCAGACGCUCGUGUCACAUAAACAUUUGGUGGCUAAAUUCUGCCUCAACGCUGGAAAACUAUUUGGGGCGCCUGUCAAUAAUCGAAGUCAUGCCGAAGAUAUCUAUGCUCGAUCGGGCCUGUGACAUAGCAGACAAGCUGUGCCUAUGGUACACAAGGACCUUCCUGUACACCGAUAUCAAAUAUCUCAAUACGACACGCUUCCCUGUGUACAUGAAUCACUUUCCAUCUGGUACGUCGAAAAUGAAUCUUCUCUACUAUUCACAGAUUAUGCAGGAAGACCAGUGUACAACGCAUUGGAAUGAGGUUCGAGAGUAUGACUUUGAUCGAGCGACAGUUACCGGUAGAUGGACACGCGCUCGUUACAACAGCGUAGUCCAUAGGCCACCAACGACGGUGCCUGAUACGAUUAGCAGUGUUGUUAAACCUCGCGGUCGAGGAAGUGGACGCUUCUUGUGGGGGGUAUUUGGCGACGCGAAAAAACUCAACCCCGAGAUGUACAAUGGCCAAACAGAACCUCCAAUCCUGGAUCCACAAAAUAUCCAUGUGCCGAUCAAACUCUACUGGAGUGAAGGUGAUCGAUAUGCCCCGCCUGCAGAACAGACGCUGCUCAAACGAGAGCUCAGAAGCAUCGUAGCCGAGUACCGCAUCACCGAUCCAGCGUGGGGCCAUUAUUCAUUUAGUAGCUCGCCGUACAAUGCAUCCGUGUUUAUUGACGUAGCAGAUUUUUUCGAUGACUGUAGUCGUGGGGCAGAGUAUUGUACGUUUCGACCAUUCUAAAACACUCACGUAACGAAUGGCAGCAUAAAUUAGUUAGAGCACAAGGCCACUCAUUAGAAAUUUACUGUUUGUAGUUAUUUCAUUUUUUUUUGGCAGAUAUCUUCAGACGUUUUUCGCCUCAUCACACUAAUGUGAAACAUUGCCCUCGAUGAACCCGUUUCUGGUAUGCAACUAAAGCCGUAGUUAAAAUUAAAUUUAAAUCAUUUCCUUUAACUAGAAUUCAUCAGUCCAAGAGACUCCUGCUUCCACUAAGAUCAGCGCCUUACUUCAGUCAUUACUAAUUCAAGCUAGUAGUUACCAGUGCCAGUAGACUAUGUUAUCCACUAGUAUUCUUUAUUAAAUAACGAAGAUGUACUAUUCGUUCAGAUUUUCUUAUAUUCUUUCUCAGAUAAUUGAAAAAUUUAAUGGGGUACAUGUACAGCCUAUGCAGCUGCCUUACGCACACAUAUCUAUUCACGGUCAUGAUCGUUCACAAGUAAAAGACCUAUACUACUUGCUCCUAUGUAAACAUUCGCCAGUUUAGAUAUCUAAUAUGCCAGUAUGCGUUCAUUUU